AUGUUUGGCAAGCAGAUCCAGAAGCGUCAGCUUGAGGUGCCCGAAUAUGCUGCCAGCUUUGUCAACUAUAAGGCCCUGAAAAAGGCCCUUACAAUCCUUCCUCUUCCAGUUGCUCGGUCUGCAUUUCUCAGCUCUGGUUGCCAACUGGCUUCUCAGUUCCCUAUUCGUGACCCUACCCUUGCCCUUGCUGUUCCCACUGCCGUUCUGGGCUACCAUUCUCCGAGUAUAUGCCCUGCUUCAUUCGCAGACCCCAUCAACUUGGGGUAUGAACUCAUCAAGAAGCUGUCUGCAACCCCUACCCUAACAUCACAGAACAACGUUCUCCGCUCAGCCACCCCCGUGGAUUCCCAGGCCGCUCUCCAGGCCAAUAAAGCAACCUUCUUCUUCCAACUGGAACGGGAACUCGACAAGGUCAACGCCUUCUACCUGCAGAAGGAAGCCGAGCUGAAAAUUCGCCUCAAGACGUUACUCGACAAGAAGAAGGUGAUACAGUCUCGUCAUGGUGUCUCUCGGCGCUCAGCCAAGUUCACUACCCUCGAGGAAGGCUUCCAGCAGUUUGCCACCGAUCUUAACAAACUCCAACAGUUUGUCGAGAUCAAUGGUACUGCUUUCUCAAAGAUUCUCAAAAAGUGGGACAAGACAUCAAAGUCCAAGACAAAGGAGCUCUACCUCUCAAGAGCCGUUGAAGUCCAGCCAUUCUUCAAUGCUACGGUGAUAAGCGAACUUUCUGAUCAGGCCACCACAAGUCUACAAGAGCUUGGUGCUUGGUCGGAUGGAAUCCAAGUCAACUUUCAGUCGGGGCACGUGGUGACCUCGCAGCAUUUCGUCGGCACUGAUGAAGGGGACGCAGACACACUGCUCCUUGAUACUGUCAUCACAGGAAACCUUGAGUCCUUGAAGGAUCUUCUUCAGCGGAUGCGCUCCGCAAACGAUACCGGAGAUGGAGACAGCUCGUUGAUGGAAAGGCUCACGCGGACCUUCUUGGCAGCCAUCUCAGAAGCUCCACAAGAGUCCUUGCGAGUUCUACUCGACACAGGUCUCGUUGAUCUCCACUCUUAUGAUGAUAUCAAUGAGAGAAAUUGCCUGCACCAAGCUGCCAUCUAUGGCAAGCAGUACGUUCUGGAGUGGGGCUUGUCAGUCAAUGUUGUUGUGGAUAGAACGGAUGUCUACGGCCGGGUUCCUCUGCAUUAUGCCAGCCUUCACGGAAGAUUGGAAAUGCUCAAGGUCCUCUUGGACGCAAAUCAAAAAACCAUCGACCUCAUAGACCACGACAACUUCACCCCCUUGAUUCACUCUAUCAUCCACGGACAUCUCGACUGCAUCGAACUACUCCUUGCCAGAUCUGCACGCAUUGAUCCGUUCUCUGAUUCGGAUCAUGUCCCCUUGAACCUCGCUUGCGAACAUGGCUCGGUGGCUGUGGUUGAGAUGUUGUUGAAGCAUGGGGCCAAGAUCUUGCCUGAUGCUGAAGGCCUUUACCCUCAGCAUCUCGUAGCGAGAGCUGGCCAAACCUCAGAACUGCUCCUACUCCUCAAGCAAUAUGGCGCUGAUCUUGACCAAAUUGAUAAACUUUAUGGAUGGACACCACUGGUACAUUCUGCAAGCGAAGGCAAUGUUGAUUGUCUUCAAGCACUACUCAAGGUUGGGGUCGAUGCAAACAUCGUGGAUGAGAAGGACCUUCCAGCCAUGUAUUAUGCUGCUUGGGAGGGACAUCUUGCAUGUAUGAAAUUGCUAACUCCGUUCAACACACGCCCGCGAGCCAGCCCCUUCAUGGUGCAGCCCCCCUUGGGUCCUAUGGACUCAAGUACUGCACCUCUGCCCAUGUCUCUUGACCCCGAUGCGAUCCCCGAACUCGAGCUUCCUCCUCCAAUUAUUCCCCUGCGCCGAUACGGGCACAACUUCCUCGACACAAAGACAGUUGUUCAAAUCUCCUUCGGGGAUUUCGAGGAACAACCCCUUGUCUUCUUCCAGGACGGAAAAUACCCUGCCGCUCGCCUCACGAUUUCUUCAAAAGUUUCGGAUCUUAUACCGAAGAAUAUCAUUCUGCCUUUCCAAGAAGAUACUCGUAUCGUAUCCUUCCAGGUUGAUAACUUGGAUACUUUCAGCCUCGAUAUCGACGUGUUCCCCACAUAUGGCGCAAAGGUUAUUGCCAAGACGGUCGCCCUAUCAAGCAUCUUCAAGGGACUUCAAGGCUCUUCAGCAUGUUGUUUGCCAUUGUUUGAUCCCCGACUUCGCGCCAUUGGCCAGAUCAGUUUCACUGUGCAGGUCAUCAAGCCAUUCCAAGGGCAACCUCUGGAGAUUACCGACUUUGAAACCUACUGGAAAGCAACAAGCCAAUUCAACCAACCAACGAGCGCUAUAGUCACUGGAUCGAGCCUCUCUGGCGAUUAUGUAAGGCUCUUUGUCCAGUAUACCAGUGACGGUGUCCCUGUGCUCUGGCCUAGAUGGACAAUAGCCUGCGGUGGUCUUGAUAUUCCUGUCUGUCGAUUGACUCUGGAGCAAUUCACUUCUAUGACUAUCAGGAGUAACAGCCGUGCAGAACUACCCAACUUGAAAAUCAAGUCAGCUGAAAGCAUGGCUGAGGUCUAUCACAUCCUUGCGACGGCCGGCGUGACACUUCAGGAAGCACUUGCUUUACUCAACCCUGGAAUACAUGUUAACCUCCAAGUACUGUACCCGACUCCCGAGGAAGAAAAGGCCUUCUCGCUUGGGCCUGCUUUGGACGUCAAUGUAUUUGUUGAUUCGAUUCUCAACAUUGUAUUCGAGCAUGCACGAACACAACGUGCGCAGGCUCCUGAUGUGGUCCGAUCGAUUGUAUUCAGCAGCUUCAGCCCUCGACUAUGUACAGCCUUGAAUUGGAAGCAGCCCAAUUUCCCUGUUUUCUUGUGCAACGACUUAGGGCGAGAGGAGACCUCAGGGCCCAGCGGAAGGCGCAGUACCUCUAUUAAGGAGGUGGUGAGAAUUGCCCAAAGCAAUAACUUCAUGGGAUUAAUAUGCUAUUCUCGACUACUGGACAUGGUACCUGCACUGGUGGAUGCUAUCAAGUCUCAUGGGCUGGCUUUGGUGACAGACAAGUCAUCGGACUCACCGGAUGCGAGCCCUAUGACUGAUCCUUUCCCUCGACCACCCAAGGGUGUCGAUGGAGUUCUGAAAAGCCAUGGUAUUUUGCGUUUCAAUGAUUCAAUAGACAUGUAG